GUAUGAGAUGCUGUUUUUCCGACCUCUGCGUGAUGUUGCACCUCAGGCAGAGGAAAUGGCGUCUGUCUGGUGCAGCACGGUUUUUAGUGGCCAGCCUGUGAGGUUUCUUCGAAGUUGACAUGUAAACUGUGAAACUGACUCUCACCAUACUGCCUCCAGCGGGCUUAGAACUAUGUUUUUAAGCGAAGUGAAAUCCAGUUUGUGCCGGAUAUUGAUGACAUAACAGUUUUUUAUGUUUUUGUUGCAACAGGAACACCUGACUUGGACAUUUGGGAACAUUGCUGGUACUAUACACGCCUUGCAGAGGAAUGGCCAAAGAGCAGAAAUCAAGCAGGCCAGAAACAUUUAUACUGGCCGGAUCAAAUGGUUACAAUGGCCAACAACGGCAGACUGGUAUAAAUAACUUGGUCAUUCAGCCUGCAGGUACUAACCACACAUCGAGGAUGGCCCGCAUUGCCUCAGAUGCUAGGCAAAAGUGCGCAGCCUAUGUGCUAGCACUGAGACCGUGGAGUUUCAGUGCCUCGCUCACGCCGGUGGCCCUUGGUGGUGCCUUGGCGUACAAACUGGAUGGCUCUGUGGACUUGGUCAUCCUGAUGGUGUGUGCGGUGGCCGUCCUUGUAGUCCAUGGGGCAGGCAACCUUGUAAACACCUACUAUGACUUCUCCAAAGGGAUUGACCACAAGAAGAGUGAUGACAGGACUCUUGUGGAUGAAAUCUUGGCACCGCAGGAUGUUGUUAUGUUUGGAGCAUUGUUAUAUUCCUUGGGGUGCUUGUGUGCCACUUUGCUCUACUUCUUGUCUACACUUAAACUGGAGCACUUGGCCCUUAUUUACUUUGGUGGACUGUCCAGCUCUUUUUUAUACACUGGGGGUAUCGGCCUCAAGUAUGUGGCUCUGGGUGAUGUUGUAAUCCUUAUCACCUUCGGCCCUCUGGCAGUCAUGUUUGCUCAUGCAGUGCAGGUUGGCUACCUGUCAGUGCUGCCGCUGGUCUACGCCAUCCCCCUAGCCCUCAACACAGAAGCCAUCCUUCACAGCAAUAACACCAGAGACAUGGACUCUGACAAACAGGCAGGCAUCGUCACCCUGGCCAUCCUCAUAGGCCCCACGCUCUCUUAUGUCCUCUACAACCUCCUGCUCUUCGUCCCCUAUGUGCUCUUCUGCAUCCUCGCCACCCGUUACACCAUCAGCAUGGCACUCCCUCUGCUCACGCUGCCCAUGGCUUUUCCCUUGGAGAAACAGUUCCGCAGCCGAUGCUACACCAAGAUCCCCCAGAAGACGGCCAAGCUCAACCUCCUCAUGGGACUUUUCUACGUGUUCGGGAUCAUUCUGGCACCUCCUGGCAGCCUGCCAUUACUGUGAUUCAUUAGCUUUGCUGUUUUAAUACAGACUAGUUUAAGUACCUAUUUUAUUUGUACAGAGCUAUCUGAGGGCUUACACUGGCUUUAAUUUAUUGUCCAGUUUAUAUGUUGACCAGAGAUUUAGUUUAGGUCCUUCUCUGUGUCACUGAAGGAAUAAUGGGGUGUUUUUUUUUUCCAGUAUUAAGCCUGCUGUAAUGUGUUGGUAAAAGUAAGAAGUGUUGGUGUCAAUUUGUAAAGGUGGGCAAAGUUCUCAUAAUAUAAAGACAAUAAACCCACAGUUGCCAUGUUUUUAGUUCUUCAAGACACAACAUUGUAACACUAAUACCUAAAAACAUCCAUGAACAUUUACUGUCUAUAUUGUACUCUCUGUUAAGUACAUGCUUUUAAUUUGUUCAUUGUGAUUUUCUUUCUGGUGAGCCAAAUAGUAUUUGAAUUGUAAUAAAACUCAGUGAUGCUGA